AGCAAAAGUAGUGGACAUUCAAUGGAUCGCCUGACAACUAGAACUGUGGCUGACAGAUCAAGGAGAGGUGGGAGGACUUCUAGGGAAAAGUCACUUCACGCGUCAAAGUCGUUCACACGUCGGAAUCAAACCAGAUCACAAUGAAGGUGAACGUUCUGCUGAUGCUCCUUCCUUUCCUGACAGGAGUACUUUCACUGAGCCCUAAAACAAUAUACACCAGGGCAGGGGAGUUGGUGGUGCUGCGCUGCCCUCAGAAAAAUGACCCUGACACAAGUAUUCUGUGGACCAAUCAGACGAAUCGGGGGAUGAAUCUGACCAGCAUCCUGUCAACACAAUCAGCUGAUUUGAGUCAGAUGGACGUGCUUCUACAGGGACAAAGUCUUGUGAUACUCAGAGCCUCUUUGAGCCAUCAGGGAAAUUACUCAUGCUCAGUUAGGAAUGGCAGCAGAAAGUUCUGGUUCAGCCUGAUUGUGUACGAACCCCAGGCCACAGAGUAUGAAGAGAGGAAUCGGUAUUCCACAACAUGCUACACGCAAGAGUCCUGCACAUUGUAUUGUCCCACAGCAAACGUCCCCACUCAUGACACUCCGAAUAUCACAGGCAGAGGAAUCACGUGGCACAAGGAGGGCGAGACGAUGUCAACACCAAACAACUUCCCGAGUGUAGUGGAAAGAGACGGUGGCAUCUACAAGUGCAUCAGAUCUUUCUUGUACGACGAUCAAAUUUAUAAUAUGAGCUUCUCAGUAAUGCUGGAAAUCCAGAAAAGCACUUAUGGGAAAUCCGAGAUCACCUCGCCACAGCAGAAUGACGUGUUCCACAUAGACUUAGGAUCAACAUUAGUGAUAGAAUGUAAAGCUGUCGCCUACUCCGACCAUGACAUGGUGUUUUGGCUAAGUGAGAAUUCAUUUGUCGAUACGGAUGAGAGCCUGCCUGUUUUCUACAAUUAUUCAAGAACCAAAUAUAUAGAUGAAGUAAAUAUGACAGCCUCGUUGGUCUUCAAAGACGUGACAGAGGAGGAUCUGUUGAAGAAAUACACAUGUAAACUGGAGUCUGACCACCAACAGUCAAGCUUCAUCACCAUCUCUCUGGCUGAAAAACGCACAACAGCUCGUCUGGUCUGGUUCUUCCCAGUCCUCUGCACUUUGGCCGUCACUGCUGUGGUUCUGAUCGUGGCACUGUUUCUGGUGUGCCAUGUGAAAAGGUCCAAAUAUUCCAGUUGCAGAAGUGAAGAAAACCCUCCAAUACAGAUUAUGCAGUUUCUUCGGAACAGGAGAGGAAGUGGCUUUCAGCGCUUAGGAGGAAACUUAGGCAGAAGUCGGUCUGAGCGCAAACGCGUUGUUGAAAUCUGCCGCAGGCAACCCGGGAUGGUUCUGCUGCUUCUCGUCCUUCUCUCGGGCAUUUGUCCCGUGACGCCCAAUGAGAUCUAUGCUACCGCUGGUGAACUGGUGGUGCUAAGCUGCAGAGAGCCGAAACAUAAUGGUCCCGUAAUGCUUUGGAAAAUGGAGACAGACCAGAAGAUGCACCUCUCCAGCAACAUGUCAGCGUCUGAGCAGCAGAAGCUCGGUUUGGUUUUUUAUAAGCACAACCUUGUGAUUCUCAGAGCAUCUGCAAACCAUCAGGGGAAUUACUCAUGUGGUCCUCUGGGGAAUACCAGCAGCCAGAUGCGGUUCAGACUUACAAUAUUCCCAAAGCAAUCCACCAGGAACAUGUACUCUAGGGAAUGUACUGCAAAGCAAUCCUGCGAACUAACUUGUCGUGAAGGACGCAUCCCUAAUGCAGGAAUCCCCGGUAUUCUCCAGAAGAUAGGAGAAGUGUGGCACAAGGAAAAUGGUGAGCCCACCGAUAAUUACUUCCCAAGCGUUGGAUUGGAGAAAAGUGGAGUCUACAUCUGCACCCGGUCUUUCUCGUAUUCUGGUGAAAUAUAUAAUACUUCCUCUUUGGUGGACCUUCAAGUUCAAACAGAUGAGCCUCAGUCAAAUUUAGGAAUCUAUUCACCCAAGAAUGGUCAGGUUUUUGAAGUAGAACUCGGCACAAAAAAAGUGAUUGCUUGCAUAGCACACGUAGAUUCUUGCCAAAGUAGACCAUAUUGGACGAGUGAUGGGAAAUUUGUGGAUGACUUGGAUGUUUCCACAGAUCCAUGUGAAAAUGAAGAGAUGCCAAACAGGAUGAAUACAUCUUUAAUUUUCAGAGAGGUGUCACCUGUAAACCUGUCAAAAACGUUUACCUGUGUAUUUUCAAAUGACAAGCAGACCUCCGCCGUCAACAUCACCCUCGUUCAAACAGCUCAACCUUCGCAUGUGAAGCUAACCGUAUGCUCUGUCUGCGUUGUGGUGUUGAUGGCGGUGGUCGCUGUUGUCUACGUCAAGUUUAAAAUUGACGUCACCCUUUUCCUACGAGACAAAGUCGGCCUUAAAGAUUGCCGGAGCAGCACUUCAGAUGAAAAAAGCUACGAUGCGUUUUUGAUGUGUUAUAAAAGCGUCACUGAUGAAGGACUGAGUGAGGAAGACAGAAAAUGCCUGGCGAGUACUUUGGAAGAUGAGUUUGGUUACAGCAUCUGUCUUUUUGAUCGAGAUGUCUUACCUGGUCAAGUUGCAGCCCAGGCCGUGUUGGACUGCAUAGAGCAGAGCCGGGCUGUGGUUUUGGUUCCCAGCUUUCCAGAUCCUGAACCAGGAAGUGCAGUGCUAAGCGCCAUCCAUGCUUCUCUAGUGGAGCGGAAGACUCGCUUGAUUUUCAUAAACACAGAGCAGACGGAGGCGUCGGCGUCAGGUUCGUUUCCAGAGGCUUUGCAGCUUCUGAGUAAAGCUGGGAACAGUGUCACCUGGAAGGGACGGCCGCCCUGCACCUCCUUCUGGAAGCAGCUGCGUUAUCACUUACCGGCCCCACAGCAAACACCAAAAAUGCAACUUUUAUCACAAAAAUGUUAGGAUGAUAUCCAAAGCUAACUAACCAUUUUAUACUGGACUUACAACAUGAGAGAUAAGAAAUGGAAGCCUAUUUUGUUUAUGCAUUAACAAAAAUAAGGCCGAAAUCAAUGUGUUUAUAUUUAAAAUAUCCUGUUUAUUCAUGACUUUAGACUACUGUGCUCUGUAGUCUAAAGUGCAAUACACUCAGAAAAACUGAUGUGUUUUAUUAUUUAUUUUUCUGUCAUUGCUUCAGUAGAAGUUGAGCAUGUAACAUGUUAACAGCACAGUAAAAGUGAACAGCAGAAUGUGAAUUAAUCUCAGUUGUUUUGUUAUCACUUUAUUUUAACAUUUUUGUUUCUGCAUUUAGAAAUUAAAUUUCUGUGUUUAUUGUCAACUGUUACUGUCUUCGCUGCACCGUUAAGUAUGACAAGCAAACGUAUUAUGAGGAAAAUAAGUAUUCGAACACCCCGUGACUUUGCAAGUUCUGCCACUUAGAAAUCAUGGAGAGGUCUGAAAUGUUAAUUUUAGGUUCAUGUCUGCUGUGAGAGACAUAAUCUAAAUAAUAAAAAAAAAUAAUCAGAA